AUGUCUUACUUCAGGAUAACACUGAUGCGCUCUGGCAUCGGUAUGCCUCAAAAGACACAGGGUGUCUUGAAGGCGCUGGGUCUGAAGAAGCGCAUGACCACCGUCUACCACCCCGUCACACAAUCCGUCGCCGGUCAGAUCAUGAGGAUAAAGGAGCUGGUGGACGUCAAGGAAGUCAAGCACGCGCUGACGCCUGCCGAACAGAAGGCUGCGAGGCGGCCAGCGCCAGGGUACUACAUUGAGAGCCGGGCGGCGCAGGCGAUGAAGGAAUGGGAGUAG